GAGUCCUCGCGCCUGAGCCGGACUGAGGAGAGGGCUUCUGAGGGCAGUGCGGGCGCAGGAAGCGGAGCGAGGCUGGCGAGAGCGAGCCGGGGGCUGCGGGGCUGCGGGGCGAUGAAGCAGCGGCUCAGGGAGCGGAGGCUGGCGGUGUGGCGCGACGGGCCGGCCCCGGGCCGGGACUGCUGCUCCGGAGGCUGCUGAGGCGCCGAGCGAGAGGGAGGAGAGGCAGCGGAGCGCGGGGAAGCCGGCUGGGUGGCGGGCGGCUCGGGUUGGCCUCCCGGGUUGGGAUCCCCCCGGUGGAACCAUGCGGGUGGCCAAGUGGCUGACGGGGCUGCUCUACCAGCUCUCGCUCUUCAUCACCAGGUCUUGGGAAGUUCACUUCCACCCCAGGCAGGAAGCCCUGGUGAGGACACUGGCCUCCUACGAAGUGGUGUCCCCCGCGCGGGUCAAUGAGUUCGGCGAAGUGUUCCCGCAGAGCCACCACUUCAGCCGCAGGAAGCGCAGCUCGGAGGCGCCGGAGCACACGCCGCUCAGGACCCACUACCGAAUCCGCGCCUACGGGCAGCUCUUCCAGCUGAACCUGAGCGCCGACGCGGCCUUCCUGGCUGCCGGCUACACCGAGGUGCACUUGGGAGCCCCAGAGCGCAGGGCCGAGGAGCGCAGCGCGGCGCCCCCAGACCUCCGCCACUGCUUCUACCGCGGCCAGGUCAACGCUCGCGAGGAUCACACAGCCGUCUUCAGCCUCUGUGGAGGCCUGAUGGGAACAUUUAAAGCACAUGAUGGCGAAUAUUUCUUAGAACCUAUAAUAAAGGCAGAUGGGAGUGAACUUGAAGAUGAUCAUAACAAGCCACAUCUUAUCUACAGACAGGAAUUCAAGAGAAACUUUUUUCUGCAGUCUCACAAACCUUGUGAAGUUUCAGAAAGUCAAACAAAGAAAACCACUUUGCCUUUUCAUAACUACAGCAACAUGAAUGAAGACCUUUCCGUAAAGGAAGAAGUGGCUUUAGGAUACUCUUCAAAAAAUACAUCAUUGGAAGAUGAAAGAAGUCAGUUACAUUCCAGGAAGAAACGUUUUUUAUCAUAUCCAAGAUACGUGGAAGUUAUGGCCACAGCUGACACUAAAAUGGUCCAUCACCACGGGCAGAAUUUGCAGCACUACGUACUAACUCUAAUGUCGAUCGUUGCAGCAAUCUACAAGGACUCAAGUAUUGGAAAUCUUAUAAACAUAGUAAUUGUAAAAUUAGUGAUAAUUCACGAUGAACAGGAAGGACCAGUCAUCAGUUUUAACGCAGCCACCACGUUACGCAACUUCUGUUUGUGGCAGCAAACUCAGAAUGUUCUUGACGAUGCUCACCCGUCCCACCAUGACACUGCCGUUCUUAUCACCAGGGAAGACAUUUGUGGAGCUAGAGAGAAAUGUGACACACUAGGUUUAGCAGAAUUAGGUACCCUGUGUGAUCCUUUACGGAGCUGCUCUAUCAGUGAAGAAAAUGGACUUAGUGCCGCCUUUACCAUUGCCCACGAGCUUGGGCACGUAUUUAACGUUCCACACGAUGAUAGUUUUAAAUGUAAGGAAACUGGAAUUAAACAUCAAUAUCAUGUAAUGGCUCCAACUUUAAAUUACCACACCAGUCCUUGGACCUGGUCAAAAUGCAGUCAGAAAUAUAUCACUGAAUUCCUAGACACUGGUCAUGGGGAAUGCCUCCUUGACAAGCCAAAUGGAAGAAUAUAUGACCUGUCUUCACAGCUUCCUGGAUUAAUGUAUGAUGUGAACAAGCAAUGUGAACUUAUGUUUGGUCCUGGAUCACAAGUGUGUCCCUAUUUGAAACAAUGCAGGCGUCUCUGGUGCACGAGCGCAGAGGGAGUUCACAAGGGCUGUCGCACUCAACACAUGCCACUGGCAGAUGGAACAAACUGUGGUCCUAGGAUGCAUUGCCGCCACGGGCUCUGUGUAAACAAAGAAAUGGAAACACGUCCUGUAGAUGGCGAAUGGGGACCCUGGGGACCUUACAGUUCUUGUUCAAGAACAUGUGGAGGUGGAGUCAAAAGCACAACCAGGCUCUGUAAUCGCCCCGAGCCAAGAAACGGAGGAAAGUUCUGUGUGGGCCGCAGGAUGAAAUUUCGCUCAUGUAACACUGAUUCCUGUCCAAAAGGCAAGCAAGACUUUCGCGAGAAGCAGUGCUCUGUUUUUGACGGUAAACAUUUCAACAUCAAUGGUCUUUCCCCUAAUGUGAGGUGGCUUCCAAAGUACAGUGGGAUUGCCGUAAAAGAUCGUUGUAAACUGUAUUGUCGGGUUGCGGGAACCACUCGCUUCUACCAGCUGAAGGACAGGGUUGCCGAUGGCACGCCUUGUGGGACUGAAACGAACGACAUCUGUGUUCAAGGCCUGUGUCGGCAAGCGGGCUGUGAUCACGUGUUAAACUCCAAGGCCAGGAGAGACAAAUGUGGAGUGUGUGGUGGGGACAACUCCUCCUGCAGGACAAUGGCAGGUGUCUUCAACAGUGCUCAUUAUGGUUAUAAUGUCGUUGUAAAGAUUCCCCCAGGAGCAACAAACAUUGAUAUUCUUCAGCACAGCUAUUCUGGAAAACCAGAAGAUGACAAUUACCUUGCCUUGUCGGACACUCAAGGGAAUUUCCUUUUGAAUGGCAAUUUUGUUGUAAGUAUGUCCAAAAAAGAAAUCAACGUGCAAGGAGCUAUUUUUGAAUACAGUGGUUCAAACAACUCAAUUGAAAGAAUUAAUAGUACUGAUCGGCUGGAAGAAGAACUUGUUUUGCAGGUUUUGUGUGUGGGUAAUCUGUACAACCCCGAUGUGCGUUAUUCCUUCAACAUCCCCAUGGAAGAGAAGAGCGAUCUGUUCACAUGGGACCCAUAUGGACCAUGGCAAGACUGUACAAAAAUGUGUCAAGGUCUUCAUAGAAGAAAAAUUACCUGCAUACGUAAGAGUGAUCAUACGGUAGUGUCUGAUCAAAGAUGUGACCACUUACCUCUUCCAUUGUUGGUGACUGAAAGGUGCAAUAUGGACUGUGAAUUAAGGUGGCACAUCGUUGGCAAAAGCGAAUGUUCAUCCCAUUGUGGUCAAGGAUAUAAGUCAUUGGACGUCCAAUGCAUGAAGUAUUCCAUUCACAAAGGACAGACUGUUCCAGUAGAUGACCACUACUGCAGUGACCAGCUUAAACCUCCAACCCGAGAACCCUGCCAUGGUGACUGUGUCCUAACCAGGUGGCAUUAUUCAGAAUGGUCCCAGUGUUCCAGGAGUUGUGGAGGAGGGGAGAGGUCUCGAGAAUCUUACUGUAUAAAUAACUUUGGCCACCGUCUUGUGGACAGAGAAUGCCAGGAACUUCCCCGAGUGACAAUGGAGAAUUGCAAUGAAUUUUCCUGUCCCAGUUGGGCCACUAGUGAGUGGAGUGAGUGUCUUGUUACAUGUGGAAAAGGGACAAAGCAGCGACAGGUGUGGUGUCAGCUGAAUGAAGAUCACUUGAGUGAUGGCUUCUGUGAUCCAAGUACCAAACCUGAAUCUCUGAGACCAUGUGAGCUUCACACAUGUGCUUCCUGGCAAGUAGGACCGUGGGGCUCUUGCACAGCCACGUGUGGACAGGGCUAUCAGAUGCGUGCCGUCAAAUGUGUCAACGAGCUACUCAGUGCGGUGUUAGAUGACCGGCUGUGCCACGGACCUGGUCGCCCCAGCGACAGGCAGGUCUGUACAGUUACACCUUGCCCGAUCAUCCCUAAAAUUGGGGCCACUUCAUUACCAGCUGUUCCCAUGGGGAAGACAGCACAGUGGCGAUAUGGUUCUUGGACCCCAUGUUCUGUGUCUUGUGGAAGAGGUAGUCAAGCCCGCUAUGUAAGCUGUCGUGAUGCACACGAUGGAAUAGCAGAUGAAUCCUACUGUGCCCAUGUGCCCCGACCUGCUGAAACAUCAACCUGUUUUAGCCCUUGUGGAGAAUGGCAAACGGGCAACUGGUCACCUUGUUCAGCUUCCUGUGGCCAUGGAAAAACAACUCGGCAAGUUUUAUGCAUCAGCUAUCAUCAGCCAGUUAAUGAGAAUUACUGUGACCCUGAAGUUCGCCCUUUGAUAGAACAAGAAUGUCACCUGGCAGCCUGCCCGCCCACGUUCAGCCACUUUCCGAGUUCCUCUGAGCAGCCAAGCCAUUUUCCAGGCAGGAAUUUUCCAUUAACUCACAAACCAGAAGAUAAUCAAAAUCAGGGGGUCCACCCAUCACUCAGAGGAAACCAGUGGAGAACAGGACCCUGGGGAUCAUGCUCCAGCAGCUGUGCUGGGGGCGUGCAGCGCAGAGUCGUGGUCUGCCAGGACGAAAAUGGACAAAGCGCCAGUUACUGCGACGCGGCCUCCAAACCCCCAGAGGCAAAGCACUGUGAUUCCGGACCUUGUCCUCGGUGGAGCUAUGGAAGCUGGGGAGAAUGUACCCAGACAUGUGGAGGAGGAAUAAAAUCAAGAUUCGUGAUAUGUCAAUUUCCCAAUGGCCAGAUGUCACGAGAGCAAAACUGUGAAAUCUUGAACAAGCCCCCUAGCGUGGCGCAGUGUCACGUGCACGCUUGCCCUGAUGAUGUGUCAUGGCAUCGGGGACCGUGGAAAUCGUGCUCAGCCUCUUGUGGUAAAGGUUUAAAGUACCGUGAAGUGCUUUGCAUUGACCAAUUCCAUGGGAAAUUAGAAGAAAAAUAUUGCAGUCAUCUACAGAAACCUCGAACUCAUAAAGCUUGUAGAUCUGUCAGAUGCCCUUCAUGGAAAGCCAAUAGAUGGAAGGAGUGCUCUGUGACCUGUGGCUCUGGAGUUCAGCAAAGGGAUGUGUACUGCCAACUGAGAGGCAUUGGUCGCGUGGCAGAAGAAAAGUGUGAUGGGUCCAUGCGGCCUGAUUUUCAGAGACAGUGUUGGCGUCAGGACUGCCUGCAGUACCAGUGGGUGGCAGGAGAGUGGCCAGAUUGUUCAACAUCGUGUAAGAAAAGGGAGAUGCAUCGGCAAGUGAUUUGCAUGGAUGCCCAAAACACUCGUGUGAAUGACAGUUUCUGUGAUCCUUCAACCAGGCCUCCUUCAAUUAAAAAGUGCAGAAAUCCUCCCUGCAAGUAUAUUGUGGUAACAGGAGACUCCUCACAGUGUGCAGGUAACUGUGGAUUUAGUUACCGACAAAGGAUUACAUACUGCACUGGGAUCCGAUCUACUGAGAAAUCGAAGCUUCGUCAGCUGUGGCCUGUAACCUAUCGAGAAUGCCCCGUGCUGCCCUCCCCUCAAGUGUACAAAUGCAAUUUUAAGACCUGUUUGCACAUGGCCACUUGGAAAGUGGGAACAUGGAGCGAGUGCUCCGUGACUUGUGGAGUUGGAAUAAUGGAGAGAAGAGUGGAAUGCCUGGCUGAAAAUGGGUGGCCCAGUGACUUAUGUUUAAAGCGUUUAAAACCAGAUGCUCAGAAGAAAUGCUAUGUCAAUGACUGUAAAACAUUGAUCAGCUGCAAAGAAGUCCAGGUGAAAAAUAACAUUACCAAGGAUGGUGACUAUUAUCUUAAUAUUAAAGGAAGAAUGAUAAAGAUCUAUUGCGCCGGCAUGACCUUAGAGAACCCCAAGGAAUAUAUACCUUUGGUCAAAGGGGAAGAAGACAACUUUUCUGAAGUGUACAGCUUUAGACUACAAAAUCCAUAUGAAUGUCCUUUUAACGGAAGUAGGAGGCAAGACUGUGAGUGCAAAAAUGACUACCUGGCUGCCGGGCAUACUGUUUUCAGCAAAAUAAGAAUUGAUCUCACUUCCAUGCAAAUUAAAACUACAGACCUCCUUUUUGCCCGGACAAUAUUUGGAAAUGCAGUUCCAUUCGCCACAGCUGGAGAUUGCUACAGUGCUGCCAGAUGCCCACAGGGACAAUUCAGCAUUAAUUUGGCAGGGACUGGGAUGAAGAUAUCCAGCACAGCGAAGUGGCUUGCUCAGGGCAGCUAUGCCUCGGCCAUCAUACACAGAUCACAGGAUGGAACCAAAGUCUACGGCAGAUGCGGAGGGUUCUGCGGCAAGUGUGUUCCUCACGCGACUACUGGUCUCCCAAUUCAAGUCAUAUGAAUCGUUCGAAAGUGGGACCCGUGUGUCCGUCCAGAGAGGAGACAUUCUCUGGAACGUGCAGAUAGCUGGUGCCCAUUUCUUCAGUCUUCCCUUCCUGAGACUUCCAUGUCUAAAAGAACUGCGCCUUUGCUUCAAGGUGCUCAUCAGGGAGUCAAAUCACUGCUUAAUUUUUCAAGGCCUUCAAAAUAAUCUGAAUGAUGUGCGACUCUAAUUGGGACCCUUUAAAGGACUUAAUAACUUCUGGUAGGAUCUACAGGGAUGUUGGAGUGAAUUAGACCGAGAUAACUUUGCUGUUACCAGCUUGGACUGGACCACAGAUAUGUUUUACCCAUAAAUACACAUGUACAUCUCGGCUCAGUAUCCUGUUGUACAAUGAAAUGUUUAUUUCUACUUGUUAAAAUGGAGCAAGGAAAAAUUAGGUAAAUGAA